AUGCGGGAAAAGCUAUUUUGGUACGAGGACCAGCAGAAGAUCAACGAGUUCGGCCGCCUCAACACCCGUCUCUUGGAAAUCAGGGAUGAUAAGUCGCACAUCAAGGACAUUUUGGACAAGCUGGACGAUGCGACAACCGAACUCAUGACCGGCGAAGGCGACUCGGUGAUGCUCAUGCUGGGCGACAGUUUCAUGGAGUGCGAAGAGGAGUUCGCCACGGACUACUGUGAGCGGCAGCAGGAGAAACGGCAAUCGAAGUUGGACGAUCUCGUAGACGAGGAGAAAACAAUUCUGCUACGACAAGGGGUCCUUAAGAAGGAAUUGUACGCGCGGUUUGGGUCAUCCAUCCAGCUGGAAGCAUAACAAAGCAACCGGAGGAGUACAUGGUGUUGUUCGUGUUGGGGUCUGCUAAUAUAACUUAGGGGGGGGUGGGGGGGGGCGGUGACGAUGUUUUUCCAGUAGCCUUUGCAGGGUUUUCUAUGAAGUAAACAUGUUGGAUAAAGCUAUCGGGGAAGUUGGGAUAGGGUUAGGGUUAGGGACGGGUUAUUCGUACCCCCUCGAUGUUCUAUUUCCUCUUGAACUUGUUUUCCUCGCGGAGGCGGUCCUGUUUUUCCGGCUGGAAGGUUCAGCCUUGGUCGCAGGGGUUGGCAGAACUUUUCUCCAGUAGUCGUCUUGUUGUAAUACACACGUUGCAUUGUGUGAAAACUGCCGUCGCAUGACACCGUGCUAGCAGUGAUUUCCUGUAAGCGUUUCCUGGUCUGUCUCUGACAACUUAAAGAGGGCUUGGUUGAUCAAUUGUUUGCUGUAAGCAGUAUCCAACGCAGAGAGAGGGAGAGAGAGAGAACCGGCGUUCUAGUUUCGCUCUUGACUUUUGGCGGUGCGCGCUGUCGUCACUAGGCAGUCCAAUGAUGCAGUACCCUUUGUUGCCUGCCCACCAGUUCAGUACAUCAUUUUCUCAAGCGGAGGCACCAAGCUGUCGGAGAUAUGCAUCAUGGCUGGAUACCUCCAGUAGCAUCAUGAGUCACGCUGGAUACCUGCAGUAUUGCAUCAUGAGUCACGCAAUUCUCUCUGUAGUCGAUUGCAGCAACACAACAAGACGUCUCUGUCUGUGUGAUGCAUAUAUAUGUAUGUGCAAAUACAUGCGUUCUACGCGUGUAGCCUAGGGAUAAUAGGUUGAGAGUUUUGUCCUAGAUAACCUGCUUGUAGAAGUCGAGCACGGAGACUCUGAAUACGUCAGAGAGAUUGUGGGAAUAUUUACGGUGAAACUUUCUUGGGUUGUCCGAAAAGACCCCGAGAGACCAGUACAGCGAGUAGAUCUCGGGAGAACCCUGUUGAGGACGGUUGUGUGAUUUUGUUUUUUGUUUUCGAGAUGAGACACAAGCGUGCUCUCGCUCCCGUUGUGCUCACUCCACUUAAGCACCAUCAAAACCUGACGCGGGAGUCAGUCAGUAAUCAAACAUCAUU